AUGAAGGGAGAGAUUUACCAUUUUCGUCGUUUUCACGCCUCGAAAAUCUUGUUUCUCUGCACCAUCUUUCUCCUCCUGCACGCCUCCGCCUCUCAUCAGGAGGUGAGGUCUGUCGAUCAUCAUGCCCCCAACGUCACGGAUGAUCCUCGUCACCAGAGGCAGCUCCUGUCCUACAACGGGGAUCCUCUAGCAGUCGAGCCCGGGCUCGAGAUUCCGAACCCUAGGUUGAGGAAUGGCUACAUUGCAUUACAAGCUUGGAAGGAAGCCAUCCUCUCUGAUCCAAAGAACAUCACUGCCAACUGGGUCGGAGAAGACGUUUGCAACUACACCGGUGUGUUCUGUUGGCCUACGCCUGAGUAUCCGCACGAGCUUACGGUUUCAGGCAUUGAUCUCAACCAUGGAGACAUCGCGGGGAGCCUCCCCAAUGAGCUGGGCCUGCUGUAUGAUCUUGCCUUAAUCCACUUAAACUCGAAUAGAUUUUGUGGGACGAUUCCCCAAAGUUUUGUCAACAUGAAGCGCCUCCACGAGCUAGAUCUAAGCAACAAUCGCUUUGCAGGCACGUUCCCUGAAGUCAUGCUCCAACUACCAAGCCUGAGGUACCUAGACAUUCGUUUCAACGAAUUCGAAGGCGAGCUCCCGAGGAAACUCUUUGAGACAGAUCUUGAUGCUAUAUUCGUCAACAACAACAGAUUUUCUUCCGCCUUACCUGACAACAUCGGCAAGUCACGUGUAUCCGUCAUCGUCCUGGCGCACAACAAUUUUGGCGGAUGUGUUCCUGCAGGUUUAGGCGAAAUGGGAGAAACCUUAAACGAAUUGAUUCUCAUAAACACAGGUCUAUCAUCGUGUUUCCCAAGUGAGAUCUCGAAGCUGAAGAACUUGACCGUGCUAGAUUUGAGCGAUAACCAGAUCGUAGGUCCAUUACCUCAUAGUAUUGGAGAAAUGGACAGCCUGGAGCAGCUGAAUCUGGCACACAACAUGAUGUCUGGAAAGAUUGCUGAUCAGAUAUGUGAGCUUCCGAAUUUGGUGAACUUUGCAUACGACUACAAUUUCUUCUCCGAAGAGUCUUCUUCAUGCCCAAAGCUGCACAAGUUUGAUGAUAGAAUGAAUUGUUUAAGAGGCAGGCCGAACCAAAGAUCUACUUUGGAGUGCCAAAGGUUUUUGUCUCGGACGGUUGACUGUAAUAGCUUUAAAUGUAAUCAUUCCGACCCAGAACCACCAAAGGUGCUGCCUUGCACGCCCCCACAACCACUCCCAUCGCCGAUCCCUGCUAAGCCGUCUCCAGCUCCGCCUGCCUUUUCUCCGCCUCCACCUACCAAGCCACAGCCCCGGCCACCAACGCAACCCUCAUCACCGCCACAAGUUCAGCCCCGGCCACAACCACAACCAUCAUCACCGCCACAAGUUCAGCCCCGACCACAACCACAACCAUCAUCACCGCCAAAAGUUCAGCCCCGGCCACCACCACAACCAUCAUCACCUCCACAAGUUCAGCCUGCCAUCUCCCCCAGCCCAAAUUCAUCUCCUGCUCCAAACUCUACAACACCAAUGCCUCCGUGCCAGCAACCAGUAAAUUCACCUCCUGCUCCAAACUCUACAACACCAAAUCCACCAUCGAACUCUUGAUCACCUCCAUCUCAGACUCCAUGCAUUCACUUCCAUGUUCAGAAGCUACUCUACCACCGCUAGAACAACUGUUGUUUCUAUUUGUCCCCGAUACAACGAGAUUCAAUUCUUCAGAUCAUUCCUGCACAUCAAGUGAAGUAUGAAUGAUGUUAGAUACAUUUGAAGCUCCCAGUAUCUCAUUGUGCAAAAGGUAAUCAAGGAACUUAAAGAAGAUGAUGGAAAAGGUACAAGAAGACUUUUUUUUUAUUUUUUUGCACUUGUUAGGGAAUAAUUAUUAUCAGUCAGUGCAGUGACUGACAUAGGCGACAUUACUGCAGUUAAUGUAAAGUUAUGAGCUUCUACCUCUGAAUAACUAGUUUUAUGUUUAACUAA